AUGGUCCACAAAGUGCUCUUCUGGAGCGGCUUCGGAAUUGCCGUUCGCCUCUGGCAGCUCGGAAUCGAGAUGCGUCCCAUGUUCUGCAGGGACUCUCUCUGGGCCUACCCUCUCUUCGCCAGUGUCGGUGGCAGCUUUGGCUACUGGCUCCAGGGUGUCGAGCAACGCCAAUUGAAGAUGCUCGCACAGCGCCGGGAGGCUAUUCUCGAGAAGCGCCGACGGAGGGACGAGCGUGAGGGCAUCUCCAAGACCGAGGAGGGUGCUGUUCUGGCUGUUGCUUCAUAA